AUGGAGCUUACGCGGGAAAAAUCGGGCGCGGCUGUUUGUGAAUUUUUUUUAAAAGCGGCCUGUGGAAAAGGAGGCAUGUGCCCGUUCCGACACAUCAGCGGGGAAAAGACGGUCGUUUGCAAACACUGGCUACGAGGACUGUGCAAAAAGGGAGACCAGUGCGAGUUUCUGCACGAGUACGACAUGACCAAGAUGCCUGAGUGUUACUUCUACUCCAAAUUCGGGGAAUGCAGUAACAAAGAAUGUCCAUUCUUGCACAUCGACCCGGAGUCUAAGAUCAAAGACUGUCCCUGGUAUGACAGAGGCUUCUGUAAACAUGGUCCCCUUUGCAGACACCGGCACACUCGAAGAGUCAUUUGUGUGAAUUACCUAGUAGGAUUCUGUCCAGAGGGGCCUACCUGUAAAUUCAUGCACCCUCGAUUUGAACUGCCAAUGGGAACCACAGAGCAACCACCACUGCCUCAACCGACACAAACACAACAAAAGAGGACACCCCAAGUCAUUGGAGUCAUGCAGUCUCAAAAUAACAACAGUGGGAACAGAGGACCCCGGCCGUUGGAGCAGGUCACCUGCUACAAGUGUGGUGAAAAAGGUCAUUAUGCCAACAGAUGCACCAAAGGACAUCUGGCCUUUCUCAGUGGACAGUGAAAGAGCAGAACAAAGAGUGCGAGGGAGCUGUUAACACUGAGAAAAGGUUUCUGCCUAGCACUAUGUCUUGAACUAUUAAUCAGGUUGUUUUUUAAUGCCAUUACUGAAAGAACUGGUCAGAGGCUGGCUGCUGCUAAGCAACAUUUUUGUAAUUGUCCACAACUUUUUUUUUAUGUUUUAACCUUUUUAAAAGAGAUUUUGGCCUACGCCUAUAUUCAUUGAGCCCUGCUGAAAGGUAGAUCUAAAAGCCCAGAGAUGUGCGAACCCCUCACCGGUGCAGCACUCCACGUAAACACACCUUACACCAGUGUUUCUUUAAAGUGUUUUCCUUCUGCCACUUCUCUUUUGGAGAACCUGCAGCGUUUCAGCCCUCCCUGUGGAAGCAGGAAGCCUGACUGGGAAAACUAGUAGUUGAAAUGCCUUCCCUUCAGUGAGGAAGCAGGGAUUCUGCUGUCCUGUAGCUCUUAAAAAGCAAAGUCGUGUUGCCAGGUACAGCCUGCUGUAGUCAGUAAGCCUGGCCUGGUGGCUGAUGUAACGCAUCACGUACGCCAGGCUGCAAAACUUUCGUCCACUUGCUUUGUUUCUGUGCUUCGUGCUAUACUGAAGGUUAGAAAUCGAUCCUCUGGGUGAGAACCGAUCAAGGGGAGAAUAAGUUGGCGUCUCUGUGGUUAGCCAAACGAUGAGGAACUGUGAUUGUAGGAAAGGCGCAUCUGUGCUCAUUUUCCGUUUGCAAAAAGCAC